AUGGAGUUGCCGGCGACAAGGCGCUUGCUCGUGUUCCUCUCUUUGCUCACGCUUUGGAGCAUCACCGUCGACGGUGCGUCGCCAGCUGCCGCCGCCAGCGCGGUGGCGCGGGAGGCGACGGCGCCUGCGCCGGUGCGGUUCGGCGUGGGGAGCAGGAGCCUGACCUGCAAUUCCGUGGAGAUCCUGGAUGCGUUCUACCUGAAGCAACCAAGCUGCGCCAACUGGGCGGACCUGCGAGCGAAGGAUUCCCGCGGAGAGGCCGUCGCCGCAGCACACGCUGCCGAGGACCUGAUCAAGAAUGCCCAGGUGCAAGCCAUCAUAUGGGGCCUUCAGACGCUGAACAAUGCAGAUCACAUCCCACACCUGGCCGACCACAACAACAUUCCGGCUCUCUCCUUCUACCGCAGUGAUGCCUUCUGGCAAGAAGAUCCUGUAAACGAUUCCGCGGGCCUUACACUUGGAUCAAAUGACACCAUGAUGUUUCUUCAUCCAAGAACCGAGAAAAUAGACGGCAUGAAACUGGAUACGAGAAAUUCAAGACAAGAUCAUGAAGGUCAGACGAUGCUGAAAGAUUUUGCGAAUGUUAUUUAUCCUAUUUUCGAGAAACAAAACAUCAGCUGCUUGUACGGUACUGUCGAAGAUACGGCGAGGCCAGUUUCUAGUCCGCUCUAUAACCGUCUCCGAGAUCCUCACCCAUCCUAUCGGAAACGACGAGCCUCUUCCACGACGUUGCUUAGUGGUGAGCACUAUGAUGAGCUUGUAUGCAGCGUGUCUCCCAGGAUGAAUUUGGGAGUGGGCGGUGUGCCAUACGCACAGUCUGGUGCGUCUAUGAUUGUGCUCGUCAAGGAUGAACCAUAUACAAUCAGCUGGACAUUUGUAAAGCCACUAAGUAGGAAUCUUUGGUUUGCAACCAUUAUCUUUUUCUUCUAUACUGGCAUUGUUGUGUGGAUGAUUGAACUACCGAGAAAUCCGGAGUACCAAGGAUCAAGUUUGAGACAAUGUAGCACUGCCCUCUACUUUGUUUUCUCUACUUUGACGUUUUCUCAUGGUCAAAUUAUUAGAAGCCCCUUGUCAAAAAUUGUCGUGGUAAUAUGGUGCUUUGUAGUGCUGAUUCUGAUACAGAGCUACACAUCAAGCUUGUCAUCCAUAUUAACCACAGAGAGGCUCCGUCCUUGGGUGAUUGAUCUAGACCAGCUCCAAGGCAGUGGGGAUUUUUUAGGAUACCAAGAUGAUUCAUGUGUGCGGUCCUUCUUGAUGAAUUAUCAAAAUAUCAGUGAAAGUAGGUUAAAAACCUACACAACGAAGGAGGAAUAUGCUGCCGCUUUGAGGAAGGGGUCCAAGAAUGGAGGGGUGUCGGCUAUCGUCGGUGCGAUCCCCUAUUUAACAUCUUUCCUCUCUGAUAGUCGGUACAAAGAUGAUUUUAUGAUGCUUGGUUGCAUAUACACGACUCCUGGAUCUGGUUUUACAUUUCGUCUAGGGUUUCCGCUAGUGCAAAACCAUUCAACUACCAUCCUGAACCUAUCAGAAGGGGUUAGCGACUCACAACUAAAAGUGAGCUGUUUUGGCACCACUUCAGUGUUGAUGGGUGAUGACACAGUUCCUGACUUUGGUUCUGCACCUCUCACUUUGCAAAACUUCUCGGGGCUCUUCAUCAUCACUGGAUCCAUUUCAACUGUCAUGAUACUGAUAGCCAUUGUGAGGUUGGUUUAUGCCAAAUGCACCAGGCCGAGAAACACCGACAUGGAAAGCGCCACGGAUAAUAGUGUCGAAGAGGAUCCCCGUUCGAUGCAGAACGGCUUGGACGACAACCCUAGCCCUAGCCAGCAACUCCUCCACGAAGCCGGAGAAGAUAAUUUCCAAGGUGUGCGUGAGGGUAGCCAAAAUGAUGGGGGUGCUCAGCCUGACCCAGUGCAGCAGAAUGUCAUGCACGGUGGCAUCACCCCUGCAGGGCACUUCCAGAUUGAAACUAACAAUGUCUGAGUCAAGAAAUGCCCAAGAUGAAGGGAAGCAUCAGAUGCGAGGAAUGCGAGAGAAGUAUGCCAAACCUUGGAAGUAUUUCUCUCGUCAUUGAAGUGAUGUUGCGUUCUAAACCUUGGACCAAUUAGAAUUAGCUUCCUUUUCUCCUUGCCACACUUUCCGAGAGAGAAAUUGAUGUUCAAC